AUGCAUCUGUCUCCUCGCAUUUUGGUGGCACUUGCUGCCUGGGCUGUGGCUCCGGUGAUGAACGCAUUGCCUGUCGACACAUCUCCGGCACCCGCGGACCUAAUUGUCAAGACACUUCAGGACCGCGCGGACCACUGCGACGGAACAACGUGGGAAGACCAAACCAGCCUCGGGUCACCAGUCGUGUCGGACUGCCUUACUCUCGCUGACCGCUUAGGUGAAUACACAUGGUUUAUUCCCUCUGGCCAGAAGCAGAUUGCACAGUGGGGAACGUGCGCGUUCGGGGUCACGAGUCUAGACCCGAUUAUUACUACUCCUAGGAUUGGCAAUGAUAACGUACGGGAUCUUAUUCGCGGCGCUGUUCAGAGGUUCCAGUGGAAUUCACGGGUGGGCGCAAAGGGCGUGACGUCGUGCCAAUGGAAUGCGGGUUGGACACCUAUCGAGUGGGGACUUUACCACGACUGA